AUGACGGAGAAGCUCGAUCACGGCCGUAGGGCCAUGUCCGUCAAUGGCGAAGUAGCUGCGACGAUCUACAGGCCUCUAGACAAUAACAGGCAAGAAAUUCGACUUCUCACGCUUCUUCCGCCUCGAGACCAAGAUGCAGAUAUUCACUGCACCCUUUCACACGCCGUACUCAACACUUCAUCUGAGAAUCCAAAGUACGAAGCCCUAUCGUAUGUUUGGGGGGAGCCUGAUUUCUCGGAGCCGAUAAUUCUCAAUAAUCACACUUUCUUCAUCACACCAAGCCUGAAAUACAUUCUAUCGUGCCUGAGGCAAAGACAGAAGGAUGGCCAACCGCGAGUUCUUUGGGUUGAUGCGAUCUGCAUCAAUCAGUCAGAUGUCGAGGAGCGGGGUCAUCAAGUCGCUCUCAUGCGCGAAAUAUACUCAAAUUGCCAGCGAGAUAUCGCAUGGCUAGACCCGAUGAUAGGCACCAAAGACGUCAAGGCUCGUGAGCUCUACAGUCAUGCCGAUCUUGACGAAGAAGAAGAAUGGGUGCAAAAGGGCAUGGACUUGAUGCGCGAGAUCGCCGAGAAGAACCCGCAAACUCUGAAAGAGCUACAAGAUCAGGCCCGACAAGGUUAUCGUCUCCUCACAGGGUCGCAGCUCGUUCUCGGUGCCGUAUUCAGGCAGCCAACACUCUGGAGCCGGUUGUGGGUCAUGCAGGAGCUUUCCCUGGCCCCGCGGUUGACGCUCAUGUCUCGAGAUGCUGAGCUAAACUGGGAUGUCCUGAAAAGCCUCUUCAAAGACGAGCCAUACUUUGACGCGUUCCACAUGGGCCGUCAGAGUAGUCAUUCUCCCUCAUAUUAUAAGGACUUUAGUGAAGUGUUCGUUCCCGUCAAGCUGAUCGAGGACCAACGCCGUCUCAUGUCACAGGGGUCCAAGCUCAUGGAUGUGCUUGUGCGAUUUCGCGAAAUGGAGUCGACAAACCCUCGGGACAAGAUUUUCGGGCUCCUUGGCCUGGUCACGGAAGAGCACGGCAUAAAUGUCGACUAUAUGACGUCAGUGCCAGAAUUGUAUCAACAGGCGACAGCCUCUUUAAUCAAUCUCGCCGGAAAUUUGGAUAUUCUUUGCCAAAACCCAUUUGAACGCCCGGAAGGGCCUACAGCGCUGCGAGAGGGAGAACAUAGAGUGCCAUCUUGGGUUGCUGAAUACGAUAGCAAGCGUCGGCAAUGCGCAACAAUGCUCUUUGCCCAGCGCGACAUCUUCAACGCUGGUGUCAGGAACUGCAAGACUCCAUGUCGACUCAUCGGCCCCGAAAAGGAUAUCCUGAUCACCAAAGGCACCAUUCUUGGAACAGUCGCACCUGUCCUCCAGAAUGACAAACGACUUUCAGCGUUCGAUGUCAUGAACCUUUACCUUGGCAAGGAAGCACUUGAGCAUCCCCAGGAGCAUCUGUAUGCCCCGAAAGUCGGCGGUAAAGAGAUAUUGACAGGCGAGACUGCCAUUCGUGCAUUCUGGCGAACAAUGGUAAAGGAUUGCACUCUCCCACCAAGAAUGCGUCGGUUGAGACAAACCGAAAUUGAGAGGUUGGAUGUUGAAAACCAAGAGCAGUUAAAAAGUGAAUGGGGCCCCCUACAGACAUAUCGUUUACAUUUUGGCAACAAAUACUCGAGAUCUGCAUUCGGUUACCAGCCCACCGAUGACGAGGAUCUCACUAAGCUUGAUAUCGAGGGUCAAAUUUCACAUCAUUACAGCCCUGGUAGCUUCAUGUUCGCGGCCACAGAUAAUGGGCUCUUUCUAGCCACGCGCUUUGCUGCGAAGGAGGGCGAUGUUGUGGCUGUCCUUGAUGGGGGAAAGGUACCUCUGGCGUUACGUAAGGUUGAACCUAGGGAUGGUGUUGAAGGUGAGGUGUAUAUGGUUGUUGGUUCGACCUACGUGCAUGGUUUCAUGGACGGUGAGGCGGAGGCUAGUGUCACUGAAGGUUGGUUGCAGAAGCGGGAGAUUCUGAUCGCGUGA